GACACUUAGAAAAUUAAGAAACUCGUUGUUUGAAACUAUUUGCUAGAGGGAGAAUAAAACAAUCUUAAUCAAUUACGGAUUCUUCAAAUGCGCAUCAAGUAGGGAUCUACGCCAAAUGAAGAAUUAACGUAUUUUUCAAUGUAAACUCAACAUUUCCGAGUGAGAACGGUGCGUAGGCGAUGCACGCUGUUAAUGUGAAUGGACUCGGUGUCUCUCUCUUUUUGUUAGCGCUGUUUUCAUCAAAUUAGCGCAGCCCAUACUCCGCUGCACCCCCCUUGUCGGACGGCCAGCGGACAGCUAAGGACCCGGGUUCUAUCUAGAAGAGAGACCGCUCUCCUGUGGUCGAAAGCCGGACCUCUCACCUCUCAUUCCCCGCUCUAGGAGAGGAUCAUCUCGGUAUGAAAGCUCCAUAAACAGCUAUUUUGUAGGGAACCCAUCCCCGUUUUCAGACUGUGAUUUUUGGGGGACGCGGGCUCACGUUAGGGGGAGGGAGACCUCGCGUAUCACAAUGGAAUUGGAGUUUGACAAUACGUCCCCAGUGCGUUAAGGAAAGCAGCCUUAUUCCGUUACACUACUGUAUGUUACCUUCUCAACUGAAGUCUUUUUUUCUUAUUUUUUUAAAAACUACCAAAUCCGGGAUGCUGCAUUUCGUGGGGUGAAGGUUCCGAUCGCGAGGAAAAGAAGGAGAGAGAGAGAGAAGGACGGAGGAGAAAGAGAGAUUCGGAGAGCAUGGCUCUUGCAACGUUGUCUCUCUGUGUGCUAACUCUCACCUGGGCAAACUUGUACCAGGUGUGUGCCAACAGGCACGCGGUGCAUUGGAACAGCUCCAAUAUACAUCUGCGUAGGGAGGGCUACACGGUGCAGGUGAAUGUGAACGACUACCUGGACAUCUACUGUCCCCACUACAAUGACAGCCAGCGCGUGGUGGGCACCGGGGAGCAGUACAUCCUCUACAUGGUCAGCUACCGUGGUUACAGGACAUGUGACCCCCAGUUGGGCUUCAAGAGGUGGGAGUGUAACCGCCCCCACGCACCAAUCAAAUUCUCAGAGAAGUUCCAACGCUACAGCGCCUUCUCCCUGGGCUACGAGUUCCACGUGGGUCAGGAGUAUUACUACAUCUCUACACCCACUCAUCACCAUGGUCGCAGCUGCCUCAGACUGAGAGUUUAUGUCUGCUGCUCCACAGUGUCUGAUGUUAAUGUAGAACCAGGACAUCCAGAAACAGACUACACACUCGGACCAGACAUCAAAAUCCAGGACAUCGAUGAUUUUAACCCUGAGAUUCCUAAAUUGGAGAAGAGUGUCAGUGGAAGCAGUCCAUCCAGGGAUCGCCUACUCAUCACCAUAGCGACGCUCCUUCUCGCUGCCAUCACCAUAUCCUAGCAACGGCCAUCCCAUCAGUGUCGCCAUGCCAACCAGCCAUGGGAGGGCUUGGGCAGGAGGGGUGAAGGAGGAGGAGGACUGAGGAUUUGGGGGAAAGGGGACAGGAGAUUAAGGGAACAUGGAAAUAGGGAGUUAGAAGACCUUCUGAAUGACAUUGGUUGACAAGGGGUGUGUGUGUGUGUGUGUGUGUGUGUGUGUGUGUGUGUGUGUGUGUGUGUGUGUGUGUGUGUGUGUGUGUGUGUGUGUGUGUGUGUGUGUGUGUGUGUGUGUGUGUGUGUGUGUGUGUGUGUGUGUGUGUGUGUCUGCUGCUGCUGCUGCUUAGAAGAUGACAUUCACACAGAGCAUGAAGAGAAGACCUGUUAUGACUUUGGACAUUGGGCCUGCAUGUGUAGGUAUGUUUCAGAGUGUGUGUGUCUCAACAUGUGGUGGAGGUAGCCUGUUGAAACAUGCACACUGCAUACAGCAUUUAUUAGAGAGGAGAAGAGGACCUGACUUUCUAUUGGAGCAGCUGAUCGCAAUGAAACACAGUGACACUUUUUCAUGCAGUCUGAUUGGCUGACAGUUCUCUUCCUAGGGCUCGUUGCCUGUUUCUUGCUCCAGAGACUGAACUGAUUGAACUUGACUGAAACAAACUGAAUUAUUGCCUUUUUGUUCUGCCAACUGGAUUCAACCAGAUCUAGUCUGCAUCCCUUCUGUGGAACUGGAUCUAGUUGUCCUCCUCCCAUGUGAUCUGGUCUGAUCUGGACCGUAGCAGCCUGGUAUGAAAGAGCCAGUCUGGGUCCAGGUUUCUGAGCUGGGAAGUGGGACCACUCAGUCUAAUAUGAGAGAGGGAGAGAGAGCUACAGUACUGUAUCAGAGUAGUAAUAUGUGUCAAUACAAUGACAGCUAUAGGUUCUAGGUCAGUGGUUGUAUACAUUGUUAUACACAUUCACACAACCGCUGGCUCAUUAUUAAACCCCCUCGAGACAUGUUUGUCCUUCAUUCAUUCAUUCCUGGAUAGAAUUAUCUCUGAUCUCAGAGGUCAGAAAAGCACAGCAAUACUGUCAUUGAAUGCAUUGUAUUGGAUUGUACACUGAGGACCUCUCUUCUUCUCUCCUGGAGUCGGAUGGAAUGGGACGACAUACCACAGACUCCACAUGCCAAACUCUCCUGUUUUAUUUUACCGUACACACUGGAACUAGAAUCACUCUGUGUGUGUGUGUGUGUGUGUGUGUGUGUGUGUGUGUACUAACAAUACACACGGUAACAUACUGUACAUGUCUUAAGUUUAAGUAACUGAACAAACCAAGUGUAUCUGAACAUAUAGACAACACUAAAUAAACCUUGGGUUUAGGUUCUACAUGCAAACCAAGUGUAUCUGGGAGGACAGGAGAACAAUAGGUUCAACUUCAUCCUACAGUCCUCUGAUUGACAUGGUAUUUUCCUUCCUGGUUUCUUUGGGAUCAUAGAAACAAUCAUUUUGGUAGUUACUCAUUGUAUAGGUACCAGAAAGUACAUAUUGUUGCCAUUACAUCUUAGUAAAUACUAGGAUAAUACUGUCUGAAAGAGGACUGUAAAAUGAAGUGUUACUGAACAAUGUGAACAAACUGUACUAACCUGUUACCAUGGUUCUUGACUAACUCUUUUCACUAGGAACUGUCACUCUGUGGGCCAUGGUAACACCCUACCUUACUGCAAUGUGUAUAGGUAGUCUACUGUAGUAGGGCAUGCAUGGCUUACUGGAGUAGCUCUGAAGAUGAUGAUGAUGAAGGUAUGGAUGGCCUAUCGGAUACAGAGCUGACCUCUGACCUAUAGGGGUCAAAGAGGUCGCACGUCUUGACACGUGUCACAGACAUUCUAGAACGAGAAUGGAUUUUUCCGAGAUCUUGAACUCUGACAGAAUGAAAUGUGAUGUAAGCAUUUUUACAAACUUGAAGCUCAAUUUCCUUGUUCUGUUUUGUAUUUGUUACUUUGCUGUGGUGUACGUUGGGGCGCUGGGAAGGGGUAACGUCGGGAUAACUGGACGAGAGACAUGCAGUACUGUAUAGGACACAGAGUUCCACUAACGUGGGUUCAGAUUUACCAUUUCAAUAAGCACCAUGUUGCAGCAAAUGUUUCCAGACCGUCACAUUGGAAUGAUACUGUCAUUGAAACGUGGUGCCAACAUGAGGGACAGUUGGCUGAGAUCAGUAUGUAUACAGUAU